CAGGUUAUGUUUCUGCGAGGGUUUACAAAUUCAUGGGCGGUCUCCGAUGGAAAACCAACGUCAUCCUCACCUCGACCCUGUGCCCUGCAGUAGUUUUUGUAAUCUUCUUCAUCUUAAAUUUAGCUCUGUGGAUACUUCAAAGUGCGACGGCAAUGCCCUUUGGUACCAUCGUUGCGUUAUUGGCUUUGUGGUUCGGUGUCAGCUUACCGUUGUGCUUCAUCGGUGCAUUUUUUGGUUUCCGAAAACCGGCCAUCGAAACCCCCGUCCGGACUAAUCAGAUUCCACGACAGAUUCCCUAUUUAUCGGCUUACGGUCGCCCCAUUGUCACCUUUUUCCUCGGUGGUUUGCUGCCCUUCAGCUGCAUAUUCAUCCAAUUGUUCUUCAUCUUCAACAGUAUAUGGGGUUCUCAGUUCUACUUCAUGUUUGGACUUUUGUUUAUCGUGUUCCUCAUGCUGGUGAUCACGUGCUCGGAGACGGCCAUGUUGCUGUGCUACUUUCAACUUUGUUCAGAGGACUACCGUUGGUGGUGGAGAGCGUUUCAUUGCGGAUCCGGGACAUCGUUCUACCUGUUCAUCUAUUCCAUACAUUACUUCGUCUCCCGAUUGGACUUCAGGGACGCUAUUUCCGGGUUCAUUUACUUCGGUUACAUGUGUGCUAUCGUUUGGUUGAAUUUCCUCCUCACUGGGACCAUUGGGUUCUUUGCUUGCCUUUGGUUCGUGCGCAAAAUUUACGGAGUUGUCAAAGUGGAUUAGUCAGUAUGUCUCCGAUUGCUGCAAUCCCCACAUUUGGUCGCUGAUCUGAUGUCACAUGUUCCAUCCGAGAACUACGGAUGAAGUUUGCUUUUAUUCUACUCGCGUUUGUGUCGCAUCGUUAUUGCAGACAUAUCUGUGAUAUACUAACCGACUUCUUAUCAUAAUUGCGGUCAGUGAGUUUCGCGCACCGCCGGGCCAUUUUUCAUAUCCGUAUUUCCCACUUGUCUCUAUCGACCAACAAAUGCACUCGUUUUGGACUGCAACAACAACUCUUUCCUGCCUAGACCUCAUCUUUAUAUGUGUCCACCGUAUGGCGGCUCCUCCCUCAUUUCUAUCGUGUGUGUACUAGUUUCAUUGAAUAGAAGAAUUUGCUAAACUUUC